GCAAACAGAGUUCAGCCUCAUCCUUCCUCUGCCGCUAACUAUUCUCUUGCGAAACAGCUCUUUCCUGCUCUCUUUCUCUAAGAGAGCGAAAGGCGAGAAGAGAUAUAGGGAGUGAGUUGAAUUGAAUGGCUCUAAUUCAAUUCGGAAGUGCGUGUGUUGCUCAAUGGGGGAUUCGCCCUCAGUUUCAAGUGAGAGCAUUUUAUCCGAGCAGAGAGAAACCCGCCCACCAAUCCAGUUCGACAAGCCAACUAAGUUGUUUUGGAGCAACUAAGUCGAGUAUAUUCGCAGGCGGGUCCUUGCCCUUCUUAUCAUUGUCGGGCCUAUCUCAAAAUUUACACCGUCGUAGAGGAGCACGCUUCACCGUUAGAGCUGAUGCUGAUUACUACUCGGUCCUCGGAGUUUCAAAAAAUUCAACCAAAUCAGAGAUUAAAAGCGCUUAUCGGAAGCUAGCUAGGAAUUACCAUCCUGAUGUCAACAAGGAUCCUGGAGCAGAGCAGAAGUUCAAAGACAUAAGUAAUGCUUAUGAGGUCUUAUCAGAUGAUGAGAAAAGAUCUCUGUACGACAGAUAUGGUGAGGCUGGUGUUAAAGGAGCGGGAAUGGGCACGGGGGAUUUCAGUAACCCAUUUGAUCUGUUCGAGUCAUUGUUCGAAGGCAUGGGCGGGAUGGGUAUGGGUGGAAUGGGUGGUAGGGGUUCAAGGAGUAGAGCAGUGGAUGGGCAGGAUGAGUACUACACACUCGUCCUGAACUUCAAAGAUGCGGUUUUCGGGGUUGAGAAAGAGAUAGAGAUCUCACGGCUAGAAACCUGUGGCACGUGCAACGGGUCAGGGGCAAAAGCCGGGACCAAGCCAACCAAAUGCAGCACUUGCGGCGGGCAAGGUCAGGUGAUAUCAUCAGCCAGGACGCCACUGGGCAUAUUCCAGCAGGUCAUGACAUGUUCAUCAUGCCAAGGCACGGGAGAAAUCUCAACUCCGUGUGGGACGUGUUCAGGGGACGGACGGGUGAGAAAGACGAAGAGGAUAAGCCUGAAGGUGCCAGCCGGGGUGGAUUCAGGGAGCAGGCUGAGAGUAAGGGGAGAGGGUAAUGCCGGGAGGAGAGGCGGAUCAUCGGGCGAUCUGUUUGUGGUGAUAGAGGUCAUUCCAGAUCCCGUGCUGAAACGGGACGACACCAAUAUACUGUACACGUGCAAGAUAACGUAUAUAGACGCGAUUCUUGGUACAACGUUGAAAGUACCGACGGUGGACGGGAUGGUGGAACUGAAGAUACCGGCCGGGACGCAGCCAAACACGACAUGGGGGGAUCAGUUGGUGAAGGUGCAAGUGGAGAUUCCAAAGAGAUUGAGCAAAGAGGAGAAGAAGCUGGUUGAGGAGUUGGCAGAUUUGAGCAAUAAGAACAAGAACAGCAAGACAGCUAACAGCAGAAGAUGAUGACUUUUGUUGUUGUUGGCCUUUGGCUUUCGGAUGAAGCUCAUCUCUCUUGAGUUGGGAUGGUUCCUCUCUAAGACAGGACCUAACCCUAAGGAUGAGUGUGUGAUUUGGUUGGAUUGGAUUGGAUUGGGAGAAGCAGUUGGGGGGGGGGGCAAGGUGUUAAACUAUGUUGUUGUGUUCCGAGGAGGUGAGAUUGAAUUCCCUCUCUAAUUUUGGAUUAAAUGGACAAAAUUAUUAGUUUCAUGGAUUUGGGUUAGAGUAGGCUCUGUUGUACCCCACAUAUAUUACAAUAUUUUAUUACAAGGAAGUUAUUGGAAUUUAA